AUGUCCCACCUUCUUGUCGUCGAGCGCUUUGUAGUGCAAGAUACAUGGAACGAGGCAGACGAUGUCGAACUGCGAGACUACCUCGAGUCAUUGGGAGGGACCACCACCGUGGAAUACUGGAGUGAAGGCCGUAUUCUCCAGGGAGACAUCGUGGAGUCGCCGAACACUAUUGUUCAAAAGCUGCUACUGGUAGCAUCGAGCGAUGUGGUUUCAUCAUAUCCACCCGAAUUGAGUCGUUUCCUGAGCAAGUCACCUUGA